GUGGGGUCGCUGGAAUAUACCUAGGUAGUGUACCUGUGGUGUUAGUGGUAUAAGUGUAUAGGCAACUUCUCGGAUUACUCUUUUGGGUAAUCCGAUGGCAAAUAUCUGAAUUUACCCCUACGGUUCGCGGUUCGCAUUUCUUUCUCGGCAUAGUCAUUCGUAAUACACCCUUUUUCACCCCUCCUUCGGUAAUCAUGCGGACUACGAAUUUUGUCAAUACCGUCGAUACCUGUUCCCCCUAGGUCCCUCUAUGUCUCCCCUGUACUUGAGUUAGCCCCGUGGGGAGAGGGCCUGGACGCCUAAAUGGAGCCCAGAUGAACUUGAAUGGGACCGUCAUUUACGAAAUUAGGAGCCUUGCUGCCAAGUAAUUUCGGAGAAGGUCGUUUAAGCUAUAGGCGAUGCGGUAUAUCAUCGUCAGCGAACACAGAAGCUAACAUUAUGGCUCGAUGGAUCGAUGGGUCAAAACCUGUGGUGUUGCCUCUUACGGCAACCCUUUGCGUUCCCCAUGUGUUCCCAUACGUUCCAAUACGUUCCACAAUCCUGAAUCUCCAUAAUCCUGAUCUUUCGCGUAAUAGAACCAGUCUUAUUCGGAAACCCCUUUUCUGAGCUCGAGCCUCUGCUGCCUUUGUUCGACGUGAUAGAAAGAGCCGCUCGCUCGCCGAGUUUUUCACGAGUAGACAUUGUCCUGCAAUCUCACUUCAGUCUCUCCUAACUCCCGUCUCAUACCCAUCCACCAACGCCGUGGAAAUGUCAAAACGUCACUUAUAUCAUUCCUCGGACGGGCUUGUCACCAAGUCUAUUAGAGGUCUCAUCUCCUACAACCCGUUACUCAGCCUGGAUGAACCUAACCGAGUGGUAUUCGACACGGCAUACAAUAAGUCCAAUGUCUCCAUAGUCAGUGGUGGUGGUUCCGGUCACGAACCUGCUUGGUCCGGUUAUGUUGGCCAAAACUUGCUCGCUGCCUCCGUGGCCGGCGACAUCUUUGCUUCUCCCAGCACGAAGCAGAUUAUUUCCGCCAUCGACAGAGUACCUUCGGAAAAAGGUACUAUCUUAGUUAUUACUAAUUACACCGGCGACUGCCUGCACUUCGGGUUGGCAAACGAGAAAGCUAUUGCCAAAGGCCACAAGUGCAGAAUGAUCAUCUGUGGAGACGACGUGUCCGUCGGAAGGAAAGGUAGCCUGGUCGGCCGGCGAGGUCUAGCCGGACAGUUAGGUGUUCUCAAAGUCCUGGGCGGUGCUGCUGGUGCCGGCGGCUCUCUCGACCAGGUGUACGAUCUCGGCAUUGCGUUCUCGCAGCAGAUCGUUUCCAUCGCAGCCACACUCGAUCACUGCCACGUUCCCGGACGAGCAGAGUUCGCGAUGCUGGGAGAUGACCAAGUGGAAAUCGGUACUGGGCCUCACAAUGAACCCGGCUAUCGGAAGCUCUCACCUGCACCGUCGGCGGAGGAACUCGUUAAGGUGCUAUUAAAGUACUGCUUAGAUGAGACGGACCCCGAGCGGGGCUACGUAAAGUUUAAGCCAGGGGACGAGGCCAUUCUUCUCAUUAGCAACUUCGGAGGCAUGUCGUAUCUCGAGAUGGGAGCGCUGCUAGACGAUUUGCUUGAACAGUUGGCGAACAAUUGGAAUAUUGUGCCGGUGAGGAUAAGCAACGGCUUCCUCGAGACGUCUCUGAACGCGCCGGCAUUCUCGAUUUCCAUCGUCAACGCGACGGCCGCCGCCGAGAACUGCUCAUACUCAGUCGAGGAAAUCAAGUCUUUUUUCGACGCUAAGACUAACACAUACUGGGAAUCCAUGACCGGUUCCCAAGCGAUACGGCGUAGCAGAAAAGAGCAGUUCGUGCAGCCACCUCCUGAGCCUCACAAGGUGAUUGAGGAGGGAAAGGACCUGAAAAUCGACCCUGCUCUACUGGAUAGGAUGCUUCGUAGCGCUUGCAACGAAUUAAUAGUCGCGGAGCCCGAUCUGACCAAGUGGGACACGAUCAUGGGCGAUGGCGACUGCGGUGAGACGUUAAAGACGGGUGCAAGCCAUCUCAUCGCCGCGCUCGACAAGAAGCUCGCAGCCGAGGGCUCUGUGAUCGCAGUGCUCCAGGAACUCGAAGAGAUUGUCGAAGGCAAGAUGGGCGGUACUCUGGGCGGUAUCCUAGGUAUCUUCUUCGUCUCGUUGAGGACGGCUCUCCAGGAGAACGUUGCCUUAGCUAAGACCGAAGGGCUUUCGAAGCUAUGGGCCAAGGCCGUCCAGACAGCUUUGGACAACCUGAGCCGGUACACACCGGCUAAGGUUGGCGACCGGACGGUCAUGGACACCCUGCUCCCGUUCGCGGAGGGUCUGCGCUCGGGGGAUCUCGCGGGUGGUGUCGAGGGUGCGAUUAAGGGUGCCGAACUGACCAAGACGUUGGCUCCGAAACUCGGCAGAGCGACUUACGUCGGCGCGGAUAGCAGCAAGGAGCUGCCCCCGGACCCUGGUGCUUGGGGUGCCAUGGUUGCUAUAAAGGGCUUGCAGUCGGGUAUAUAAGUGUAUACUGGCCAUGGUAUACCUAUACCUGAGUAUUUAAAGUGUAUAUUUUAUCGUCAGCAUGUCAUGUACCUACAUAAGCUAGCGAGUACCUUUUAUUUUUGAGUAUAUAUGAGAGAUAGUAAUUUUAUACAUUGUUAAAGCAUUAAAG